AUGAGCUCACCUGUCACGUCACCAUCAACAUCAUCAGCUUCUCCAUCAGACAGUGCAGAAAUUGUUCCAAGAGCUCAAGAAUAUCACUAUUCUGAACCACAUCAGCCCCCAGGUCCGAAACAAAAGAAAUAUAAGACACAUGCGGGAAGGAAUCGAUUUGGAUGUGGUGGUAGGUUGGUCUGUUCUAGAAGUCAUGGAGCAUUUGUGGUUACUGUAUUCUUGAUGAUUGCCACGUUAACACUGUAUUUCGUGUUUGAUGCUCCAUUUUUAUGGGACUACUCUCCAGCUAUUCCGAUAGUCGCAGCCGUAUUCUCAAUCACAGUAAUCUCUAAUUUCGUGGCAACUUCAUUUACGGAUCCUGGUAUUUUGCCACGUGUAGAGAACAUUGAAAUUAUUGAAAUGGACAGACAAAUGGGAAUGACAAAUGGACAUACUAACGACCCAAAUGUACAACGUCCACGAUUCCGUGACGUCAUCAUAAACGGAGAGCACGUGAAGAUGAAGUACUGUACAACAUGUCGAUUAUACAGACCUCCAAGAUGUUCUCAUUGUGCGAUAUGUGAUAAUUGUGUUUUGAUGUUUGACCAUCAUUGCCCAUGGGUUGGUAACUGUAUUGGUCUCCGAAACUACACAUACUUCUACCGUUUCGUAUUUUGUCUCUCAAUUCUUGUAAUAUAUCUUUUCGCGUGUGCUGUGACCCAUAUGAGUUUGUUGGCUCAACAAAUGCCAUUCGGUGAGGUAAUGCGAAAAACACCUGGAUCUGUCGUCGUCAUUGUUGUUUGUUUUUUAACCACUUGGUCAAUUAUCGGCCUUGCGUGCUUCCACACCUAUCUUUUAUGUGCAGAUUUGACGACGAAUGAAGAUCUAAAAGGUCUCUACCGUAAGAAACAUCGUCCAACACCUCCAUCUUCGAAUGCGUCCGUAAACCCAGGAAAUCCAACGAAAAAUCCAUUUUAUACGGGAUGUCUAAAAAGUUUUGCUGGUAGAUUGUUCAAAUCGCGUUUUCCAAGUGUGCUUGAUGCGACUGGAUUCGUAGAUCAUCAACCAACGAUAGAAAUCCGAGUUCCUAUUGAACAUUUCACAGAAAAAUCAGGAACGAAUGGUGAAAAGUCUUCGGAUAAUACGAAAAAACAGCCAACGGAAAAUGUGUAG